UACAGUCGGAGGAAGAUCCCAGGCCUUCGCGGACUGGUGGUCAAAUUUCCCGGGCAGGAGCGCGGGGCCUACUGGGAAAGCACUGGACAGUUGUCACCUGGCGGUGGCAGCCGCGGCGGGCUUCAACAUGCAGAGCACAGAUCUGGGAAACAAGGAAAGCGGCAAGAUAUGGCACCGCAAGCCAUCCCCGGCCACACGGGACGGAAUUAUAGUGAACAUCAUUCACUCGACUUCUGAUUACCUUCCCAAAGUUUUGCGGUUUUUGAAUGUGGCUUUUGAUAGCUCAGGUGAUUGCUUAAUUGCUGGGGACCAUCAAGGAAAUAUCUAUGUUUUUGAUUUGUCUGGAAAUAGGUUUAAUCUUGUUCAGCGAACAGCACAAGCCUGCACAGCUCUGGCCUUUAAUCUUCGCAGGAAGUCUGAAUUCCUUGUGGCGCUGGCUGAUUAUUCUAUUAAAUGUUUUGAUACAGUCACCAAGGAGCUAGUUAGCUGGAUGAGAGGACAUGAGUCAUCAGUGUUUGCGAUCUCCGUGCAUGCCUCAGGGAGAUACGCCAUCACUACUUCUUCUGACACGGCGCAGCUCUGGGACCUGGAUACCUUUCAGAGAAAAAGAAAGCUGAAUAUUCUCCAGUCUGUGGGCAUACAAAAGGUUUUCUUUCUACCAUUAAGUAAUACCAUCCUCAGCUGUUUUAAAGAUAAUUCCAUCUUUGCCUGGGAGUGUGAUACUCUUUGUUGCAAAUAUCAAUUGCCAUCUCCACCCGAAAGCUCUAGUAUAUUAUACAAAGUGUUUGCUGUGACCAGAGAUGGUCGAAUCCUGGCUGCUGGAGGCAAGUCAAACCAUCUUCAUUUGUGGUGCUUAGAAGCUAAACAGUUAUUUAGAAUCAUCCAGAUGCCUGCUAAAGUUCGAGCCAUUCGCCACCUCGAAUUUCUUCCUGAUAGCUUUGAUGCUGGUUCUAAUCAGGUUCUUGGAGUUCUAAGUCAAGAUGGUAUCAUGAGAUUUAUCAAUAUACAGACUUGUAAACUUCUCUUUGAAAUCGGGAGCCUUGAUGAAGGAAUUAGCUCAUCAGUAAUUAGCCCACAUGGACGGUACAUUGCCUGUAUUAUGGAAAAUGGAAGUCUGAAUAUUUAUUCAGUUCAGGCUCUAACACAAGAAAUAAAUAAGCCACCUCCUCCGUUAGUGAAAGUAAUUGAAGAUUUGCCUAAAAGUAAACUGACUUCUGGUGAUCUUAAGAUGAAAGUAACAUCAGGAAGAGUACAGCGGCCAGCAAAGUCAAGGGAAAACAAAAUACAAAUGAGAAUAUUAAAACAAGACCUGACUGGCAGUUUUGAAAACAAAGAGAAUGAAUUAUCAGGUGGAUUGAACAAAAAGCGUUUACAAACCUUAUUAAAAGGCUAUGGUGAAUAUCCAACAAAAUACAGAAUGUUCAUCUGGCGCUCUCUGCUACAGCUGCCUGAAAAUCAUACUGCGUUUAGUAGCCUGAUAGAUAAAGGUAUCCACACGGCAUUUCUCAACCUUCAGGAGAAAUACCCCAUCAAAAGUCGGAAACUACUCAGAGUGCUGCAGAGAACCCUGUCUGCACUGGCUCACUGGUCGGCCAUCUUUACUGAAACACCGUACCUUCCCCUCCUGGCAUUUCCAUUUGUGAAGUUAUUCCAGAACAACCAACUCAUCUGUUUUGAAGUUGUUGCUACUCUCAUAAUCAAUUGGUGUCAACACUGGUUUGAAUAUUUCCCUAAUCCUCCUAUCAAUAUUCUUGCUAUGAUAGAAAACGUUUUGGCAUUUCACGACAAGGAACUGCUGCAGCACCUCAUAGAUCACGAUGUAACUUCCCAGCUCUAUGCAUGGCCUCUUCUUGAAACCAUGUUCUCGGAAGUACUGACAAGAGAGGAGUGGCUAAAGUUGUUCGAUAACGUCUUUUCCAACCACCCGUCGUUCCUCCUGAUGACUGUUGCAGCCUACAACAUUUGUUCUAGAGGUCCUUUGCUCAGCUGUAAUCUUAAAGAUGAUUUUGAGUACUUUUUUCACCAUCGGAACAACCUGGACAUAAGUGUUGUUAUUAGAGAAGUUUACCAUCUCAUGGACACCACGCCUACUGAUAUCCAUCCAGAGAGCACGCUCAACGCUUUUGUGGCGCUGACAAAAGGACAGUAUCCAGUAUUCAACCAGUAUCCGAAGUUCAUUGUGGACUAUCAGACACAGGAGCGAGCGAGAAUUAGGGAUGAUGAAUUGGAUUACUUAAGGGAGAGGCAAGCGGUUGAGAAUAUGCAAGCUGAAGUGGACCAACAAAGAGCUGAAGAUGAAGCUUGGUACGAAAAGCAAGAACUACUUCGUAAAGCUGAAGAAACAAGGAGGGAAAUGCUCUUACAAGAGGAGGAGAAGAUGAUACAACAAAGACAGAGACUCGCUGCUGUGAGAAGGGAGCUGAAAGUAAAGGAAAUGCACCUACAAGAGGCUGCAAGAAGGCGUUUUCUGAAGCUUCAGCAAGAUCAGCGGGAAAUGGAACUAAGAAGACUGGAUGAUGAAAUUGAGAGAAAGGUACUCAUGAGAGAUCAAGAAAUUGCUACCACAGCCAAAGACCUAGAAAUGAGACAUCUGGAACUCGAAUCACAAAAAAGACUUUAUGAGAAGAAUCUUACUAGAAAUCAAGAAACUGUUGAAAAAGAAAUGAGAGCAGAUACAGAUGCCUAUAGACGAAAAGUGGAUCUUGAAGAACGCUUGUUUCACAGACUGAUAGAAACAGAUCAAACGCAGAACCAAAACACUCAGAAGUUAAUUGAAGAAAACUUGGCAAAAGCUGAACAAGCAUGCCUAAACACUGACUGGCGAAUCCAAGCUUUACAUAAACAAAGAUGUGAUGAUCUACAACGAAAUGAAUGUUACCAGGAAAUGGCCAAACUCCUUCAGAAAAACAGAAGAAAAGAAAUAGAAGUAUUAAAUGCAAUGAUAGAGAAGGAAGCUCAAAUGUGGGAGGAGGCUGAAGAAAAAGACUUUCAGCUGAAAUCAGAAAAGAAAGCUGCUGCCCUCUCGGAUGCAUCUCGAAGGUGGUUUCUGGAGAAGGAGCUGCGUGAGGCUUUAGAGCAGGCAGGCCGGACCCGCGGUGCAGUAGUGCCCAGAUGCCAAAAUGAACAGGUUGCCACAAGCCGUUUGCCCAGAACCUCACAAUCAAGUGACAUUUCUGAAAUGGAUUCCUCCACACAGAUUUCUUUAAACCAAAGGAAAACACAGUGGGACGCCAUGGACCAGGAUCUCCUGGAGAGAGUGAGAAGCCUCCGCCGGAGACUCGUCGCCCAGGCCCGCAGCAGGUGUCAGACGCCUCCUCUUUCGGCCACAUAGGAGACUGGUCACCGUGAAAGUCAAAGAGAGAAAGGCCUCUUUUGCAAUCAAUGACACUGAUUUUUAGAUUAUUUAUUUUAAAAUCCUGUAAAGAUCAACCUUUUGUAUAGAAAACUCUGGGUAUAAAAAUUAUGUGUUCUAUUCAGUUCUUACGCUUUUUGUCUUGUAAAUAGCUUCUGGUACUUCUCACAAUAAAAACAUUUUGAAAACAUUAAAA